AAAAUUGGUUUGAAUUUCAGAUUUACGAGUCCGGGUCUGGGUACUCCAACUUCAUUUUCGGAUCCUUCGUUUUGCGUCAGAGGCUUCGAGCUAACUAGAUGUUAGCUCUUGGCAUUGGCUCACAAGAGAUCACAACAUUGGUGGAGACGAUGACAGAAUCGAGCUUGGAUCUACAGGAAUCAGGUUGGGAGGAGCUUCGGAGAGAAGCUCGCAAAAUCGAAGGCGAUCUCGACGUUAAGCUCUCCUCUUACGCUAAACUCGGCGCCAGAUUCACUCAAGGCGGGUAUGUUGACGCCGGGUCUCCAAGAUCAUGGAAGUCCAUGGAGAUUGAGAUUCAAUCUUCGCUUGAGAAGCUGUUGGACAUUAACGAUUCCAUGAGUAGAUGUGCUGCGUCUGCUGCACCUACAACCUCUGUUACUCAAAAGCUUGCAAGGCACAGAGAUAUUCUUCAUGAAUACACCCAGGAGUUUCGAAGGAUAAAAGGAAAUAUAAACUCCAUGAGAGAACAUGCUGAGCUUUUGAGUUCUGUCAGGGAUGACAUUAGUGAAUAUAAGGCUUCUGGUAGUAUGUCACCAGGUGUGCAAGUCUUAAGGGAGAGAGCUUCAAUCCAUGGAAGUAUUUCUCAUAUUGAUGAAGUUAUUGGUCAAGCUCAAGCAACAAGAGCAGUUCUUGGCUCUCAACGGUCUCUGUUUUCAGAUGUUCAAGGGAAAGUUAAAAAUCUCGGAGACAAAUUCCCAGUGAUUCGUGGCUUACUUGGUUCAAUUAGAAGAAGACGUUCUCGGGACACACUUAUCCUCUCUGCUGUGAUUGCUGCUUGUACGUUGUUUCUAAUCAUCUACUGGCUCUCGAAAUAAACAGUAUUUUUCAUACACCUAAAGUAUAAGAAGAGCUUAUUAUUUUUUCCAAGUCAUUUUUCUUCUUUUUGCUUUUGUAUUUUGCUCGGUGUAUGUGUUUGUAGGGUAUAAUGUUACACUCUUAAUCAUAAAACAGCUUUAAAAGUUCGAGAAACACACAUUUUUAACAAGAUCAAUCCAUGUGACAGCAGUCAGCUUACAUUUACGUCCGCUCAGGUUAUAAAAUCUAAAGGGUGGGGACACACUUCACUGAUGAUGAUGAUCCAGUCCUUAUGUUUGUCUCACUACUCAUGCCCUACAUAUAGUGUCAAGAAAUGUUAAUUAGUCUGUUCAUACUGGUUUAGAGAUAUUGUGGUGGUCCAGAGCCUUUAUAUGGACUUGGUCCAGCCUUGUCAGGGCCAGGGCCAAGUCAAUUUUUCUAUGUAAAUUAAAUUAUGCUAGAAAAAAAAAAUUGUAACCCUAAAGAAAUUGUCAAUGUGUAUGUCUUUCAGAAGCA